AUGCGUCCGAAAACAAGCAAUGAUUGGAACAGUCUUUGUAAAAAUGCAGAAAACCAAUUAAUAUUGUCAGAUAUUAAUAUCAACAAGAUAAAAAUUUUUGAUUUGAGCGGAAACUUGGAAACCAUUGUAGGUUCGCCCGAAAGUGGAACACCUUUAGAAUCUCCUGACAGAAUAUAUAUGUGUCCACGAACUAGAGUAAUGGUUGUCUUCGAAAGACCUCCUUACAGAAUGAUCAAGGUUUUGGUGGCUUUGUUCCCAAUAACCUCCUUCAGUUACGAAGCAACAAAUCCGGAAGAUAUAUGCAUGGACAGCAGCUUCAAAAUUUUUCUUCUGGACUCCCCGUCCAAGAUAAUUUAUAUAUAUGAUACAACGGGAGUGUUGUUGAAUGUCUUACAUUGCCCAGAUUUCCUCUACCCAUGCAACAUUGAUGUCAAUCAACACGAAGAACUGUUCGUCUGCGAUAAGGAGAGACAUUGCGUAGAGGUGAUUAAUUACAAAGGAAAAAAACUACGAACUAUAGGUGGAGAAGGAAUAACCGAUUUUCCAAUUUUCGCUAAGAACCCGAGUUUCCAAAUGAAAGUGGAAACCUCAAAGACGAUAUCUGGCAUUUUAAAGUUGGAUAACAGCGAUACUACGGCUGAAAAUGAAAGCACUGAAGACGAUAUAUGGGACAUGUCUUUUGUGACAAAUGUUAAAGUUAAAAAUGAAGAGUUGUUUGACAAUAUCUUGGCGCAAUGUCAACGGUUUGAAAGCUGCGAAAAAAUGCUUUUUGAAAAGGGUGAAUAUGCGUUACCAGUUGAAAGUGGAAGCGUGGAAAAAGAUAUUACUUUUACAGAGCAUGUCGGACUUAACAAUGAUGAGUCAUUCAACCAUAUUCCGAUUGUUAAAUUUCUUGUCACGUAG